UCAUUAUAACUCCUAAAGUUAUUUUAUGUAAUGUCAAAAGUUAAUAAAAUCCAAAAUGUAUUCGCUGAUUAAUUAAUAAACUAAAACUAAUCACCGUGAUUUAUAAUAAUCAGUGGAAUUGAAAUCGAGCAUUGAAGUUCUAAAUCCAAGAUUUAUUAUAAAAAAAUGUCAGCCUUCUUUUCGAGCGAUCAUCACCAUUCUUGACAAUGUUUUAUUAUUAUAAUAAAUUGUAAACGGUGUGACGUUUAGUACUAUCACGCAAUCAGCUGAUACUCCGGUGGUCUAAAUAAUUUCCCACAACAGAGACUAUUUUUCUUCAACCGACAAUAAUUGUCUACGAUUAUCAAUAUUAAGUGUAACAAUCAUAAAUAUUCACAUGUGAGUUUUGUAUAAAUAAUCAGCUUAGAUUUAAGAUUCAAUAGUUGUUGCUGUUGUGCUGUGCAGUGUGUACGUGACUCACGGUUAACAACGUGACGUCUCGUUAACAUUCACCUAAAAAAAAUUUAUCUCCACGACUUACAACUUACACCAUCACUGUCACUCUCGGUCAGAUAAUAAACCUGGUAAUUUAUAGUGAACUAUGGGUAACGCUGGAAGUAAUCAGCCAGGUCAUCAUCAUGGCAGUGCUAUAACCAAAGACACACAUCGCCAGAGCAAAGAUCAUCCACCGUCAUCGCCUGGAAGAGAUGGUCAAGCAUUUACAUUCGCUAAAAAACCAAAUAAAAAAUUGGUUUUCCAAACUUCGAAUGAAGAAGAAGAGCCCUAUUUAUCAAAGGAAGAUGAUGAAGACUCGGGUCGACCGAGGUCGAACACCAUUUCAGAAGGCAGUAAAAUAGUCGUCCAGUCACCAGAUCAACCCAAAUCAUUGCCAACUGUAUUCAAGUGGGAAGGUGGUGGCAAGGAAGUCUACAUCGGCGGUUCGUUUACACAGUGGAGGAAAAUCCCAAUGGUCAAUAGUCACGGAGACUUUGUUACAAUAAUUGACCUUCCGUUGGGAGAUCACGAGUAUAAAUUUUAUGUCGAUGGUGAAUGGAAAUGUGAUCCUACUAUACAAAAUGUUGAUAAUGAAGGGAAGAAAAAUAAUCUUGUUACUGUAAGAAAGUCGGACUUUGAAGUAUUCCAAGCACUUGCUAAAGAUAGUGAAGGAGGCUCCAGUAGCAUACAAUCAGAGUUUUGUCAAGAAGUUCCAGCACAAAAGCCGUGGGACAGAGUACCUGGGCCACCAGUUUUGCCGCCUCACCUAUUACAAGUUAUCCUAAAUAAAGAUACACCACUAUCGUGUGAACCAACACUUUUACCAGAACCAAACCAUGUAAUGCUAAACCAUCUUUAUGCUCUAAGUAUAAAAGAAAGCGUAAUGGUAUUGUCUGCAACUCAUCGUUACCGUAAAAAAUAUGUCACUACACUGCUGUACAAACCAAUUUAAAAAUUGUUAUUAAAUAUUUUAUUACCAUAUGCGUGAUUGAUGUACGACAAUACGAUCACAUCGAUCUUUGUUGUAGAAUCAUGAGAUGAAUUUAAUUAAGAUUUUAAUUUUAUUUUGUUAGGUACGAGGUCUAUUUUAUCGUUAAGAGUAUCGUAAUAAAUCUUUAGUUAAUCAGAUUUUAUUUUCGAAUUAAAUUAAAUUAUCAUUGGCAACUACUUGCAUUACCAUUAUUAUCAUUGGAUAUUUAAUACUUUUCAUGUAAUCAGUCUUUAUUUACUAGCUAUAAAUAAGAAUAAUAUAUAUUUUUUUCUUGAAAAA